AUGUCUCCUACCGCCACCGCGGCUUCUAGCUUGGAACAGCAACCAGACAUUGUCGUAGGUGACAAGGUCGUCCCCUCCGUGGCCGUUGGAGGCGCCCCGAAACCCCCCACAUUUGCGACGAAGACGGAGGAGCGAGAGUGGAUCAAGUUUAGACUGGCGCAGGCGUUCAGGAUCUUCGCAAAGCAGGGGUACGAUGAAGGUGUAGCGGGGCACAUCACGGUCCGGGAUCCCAUCCGGACCGAUUGCUUCUGGGUGAAUCCCUUCGGUCUCCACUUCGCGCUCAUCCAGCCAAGCGACCUCUUGCUCGUCGACCACCAUGGCACAGUUCAGACCACAGAGUCCGGUCCUAACACGCUUCUCAACCGCGCGGCCUUCAUGAUCCACUCAGCCGUGCAUACGGCACGCCCCGACGUACUUUGUGCGGCGCACUCGCACUCGAUUCACGGCCGCGCGUUCGCCGCGCUAGGGAAGGAGUUGGAUAUGAUCACUCAGGAUAGCUGCGCGUUCUACAAGGACCAUGCAGUAUACACGCAAUAUGGCGGCGUGGUUCUGGAUGAGGAAGAGGGCUUGCGCAUCGCAGAGAUGUUAGGUCAUAAGAAGGCCGUCAUCUUGCAGAACCACGGCCUUCUUGUCGCUACGAGCUCUAUUGAGGGUACCGUCCACUUUUUCAUCGCGAUGGAAAAGUCUUGCCAAGUGCAGCUGAUGGCGGAUGCUGCGGCGGCGGGUACGGGAGGGAAGACGAUUAAGAUCGGUGAAGAGGACGCUGCGAUCACUUAUGCGACUGUAGGCAGUAUGAUGGGGGGCUGGUUCAGUGGCCGGCCCCACUUCCAGGUGCUGGAGGCCCAGGAGGGCGUCGGUUUCCGCUUCUCAAACUCGAGCAAGUAG